AUGGCGUCGCGAAACGCGGCGGCGCUCGCGCGCGCGGCCGCGGCCGCCGCGCGCGUCGCCGCGGAGGACGCCGCGCCCGGAGCGAUCGAUCGCGCGGCCGGGUUAUUAGGGCGACGAUCGGCCGCCGUCGCGUCGACGUCGACGACGUCGUCGUCGUCGUCGUCGCGCGCGUGGACCGCCGCUUCCGCGGCGUCGCGGCGCGGCGGGCUCGCGACGGGAUCCAAGGGCGGACGCCGAUCCGUGAUGUGCGCGACGCGCGGAGGAAGCGGAAGCGGCGCGGGCGAGCGCGUCUUCGGCGUCCUCCCUCGCGGUAUGGGUCGCGGCGCGAUGCGAAGACGCGGGUUCCGCGCGACCGUCGUCGGCGCGGACGACAAGGACGAGGACGACUCGAGCUCGAGCUCGAGCUCGUCGUCCUCGGACGACGACGACGACGACAAGAAAGAGAAGGAGGAGAAGGAGAAGGAGGAGGAGGACGACGACGACGACGAGAAAGAGGAGGAGGAGGAGGACGACGACGACGACGACGACGACGACGACGACGACGACGACGACGACGACGACGAGGACGACGACGAAGAUGACGACGACGAGGACGACGAGAAGGAAGACGACGACGACGACGACGGCAGCGUCACCGCGACGAGCGGCGAGGACGAAUACGUGGAGAGACAGGAAGACCUCUUCGCGGACGUCCUCGCCGCCGCCAAGGCGGAGCUCAGGUCCGUGGAGGAGGAGGAGGAGAUCGUCAAGUGGUACGGCGGCGUCGAGCCGGCGAAGUUCGAGGGGAGUCGAAAAAAGCUCGGCAGCGAGCCGUUCCACUUGCACACCCCGCACGGCGACGACGUCGCGACGUUCACGGCCGAGGACGUCGGGAAGUUCUGGUCCUUGCCCGAGUCCGUCGUCGCGGAGGCGGAGACGCCGGCGGCGCUGCGGAAGGAGUUCGACGUCACCAAGACGCGGAGAGUGCUCUUCCGCGCGUGCGAUCUCGAGAUUAAAAACGCCAUCGAGAGCGGCGUUUCCGUCCUCUUGGACGGCCAGGCCGGCUCCGGGAAGAGCGUCAGCCUCGCGAACGUCGUGUCCUGGGCGCGCGCGACCGGGUACCUCGUCCUCUACGUCCCCUCCGGGAAGGCGAUGUGCACGUACUCAAACUACUCCAAGGACGAAGCGUCCGGGCUGUGGAACACCCCCGACCACGCCGCGCUGCUCAUCAAGUGGCUCCAGGAAGGCAGCGCGAGCGCGCUGGAGGAGAUCAGGAUGACACAGACCGCGCGCGACGGACUCGAGGCCCUGGAAGCGGAGCCGACGCAGACGGUGGACGCCGCGCUGGCGAUCGUCGAGGCGUUCAAAUCCGCCGCGAGGGACCAGGGCAAAAAGGUGCUCUUCGCCGUGGACGAGUACAACGCCCUGUUCGGACCCUCGGACAUGCACGAGGUGCUGGGCCCGCGGAAGCGCGGAAACAUCCCCGCGGGGAGCACGCGAAUCAACGCCGCGCUUCGCGACGCGACCGCGAUCGUGUCCGCGGGCGCGUCCUACGUCGCCGCGACGAGCGGAACCAUCUCGCUGUCGCCCGCGCUAAGGCGCGUUCUUUGGAGGCUCGGCGCCAGGCGCGACGCGGUCGGGGAACACGCGACGGAGCUCACCGCGAAGGCGGAGGAGGAGGCGCUCGUCGCGAGCGCGUGCGCGCGGUGCGGGAAGCAAGGGCACGCCUCGGACUCGUGCCCGAAGCCGAUCGUGUGCGAUUACUGCCGCGAGGAAGGGCACAAGCACCGGAGGUGCCCGAAGCGCGCGGAGAACAUGGAGAAGUACGCGCGGCUGAAGCAGCACGGGCGUCAGGGGAACCAUAACACGAAGGCGACGAAGAAGAAGCACUCGAUGAAGCUCAAGGGGACGUCCACGCUCGAGGGCACGGAGUCGCUCGCGCGGUUCAAGCACCCGCGGCUGGACACGGACGAGGUGGUGGCGCUCGUGGAGCACUACGACCACGCGAAGGGGCUCGACGCGGUGUGCGACACGGUGUCGCACGCGCACCUGGCGCGGCGGCUCAAGACGCUGACGCAAGGGAACGGGAAAGAAAUCCUCGAGAUGGUCGAGCUGAUGUGAUCGAUGGAUGCUCUUUAAUACACUCACGUACUGUACUUC